AUGUCGGCAUAUAUAAAAUUGUACCGAAACGACCUGUUUCCAUCACAGAUAUCGUGAUUAUUUGUUUGUAUACAGUAUGACUUUACUCGCAUAAAAACUGGAUGGAAACGUGGCUACUGACAGUCAAUGAACAAAGUAGACUACCCAGCUGCUAUUGAUUGCAUUGGUGUUUAUGGGAGACACCCGGUAGACCGCAAUUGACACUUUUAUUUCAACAGCAAACACUGCCUGAGUGAACUAUCUUCAUUUAUCCGCCAUUUUGAUUAAAUUAUAUGAAACGUUCCGUCAUUGGACAUUUCGAAUUAUAUCAAACAUGCAUCUUCGUUGAUUGGCCAAUGAUACACGUAAACGUUGUCGUUACGUACGGUUCUGUAGCCUAUCACAGCGCACGUUUGUCUAAGAGCGGGACGUUCCAAAGGGGAGACGAAAGUUCUGCAAAUCCAUCUUUGUUUUCAUUUGACUCGAAGAUGUUGGUGUCCGUUUCAGAUUCACCUGUUCGUCAAAUUAAGAUACAAAUUUAGAUACACAUAGUUAUAAUGAACUUUUAGUGAAAAAAUAUAAAUGAACUCUAUGGGGACAUGGUAAACUCAAACACUGACUUCAAACCAAGAAUCUAAGAACAAUCCAAGUUACUGUUUUAUAUAGAGUCAGAAGAUGGAGGAGUUGUACACCCUUGAGAGGGAGGUCGGACGAGGCAGUUACGGGGUGGUCUUCGAGGGCCACAUGGCUAAAACAGGCGAGCGGGUCGCCAUAAAACGCCUGCCCUGCAGUAGCCCAGAGUGCAUCGAGCUUUACCUCCAGGAGCUGUGGGCUAUGAGAGCCACGGCCAAGAACCACCCCAAUGUCAUCGCCCUCCAUGGCUGCCUGCUGCAGACCGGACCCAAGACCCUGCAGCCCCUCAGGCCAGGCAGGCUGCCUCUGGACCUGGUGGAGAGCGCCCUAAAAGGGAGCGUGGUGGGGAUAAAGCAGAGCCAGGAGGAGAAAAGGACUAAGUCAGACUCCUCCCGGUCUAAAACUAAGAACAGAACUAACUCAGGUGGUCUCUUCAGAACCAAGAACAGAUUGAGAACUAACUCCGAGUCAGACUUCUUCAGGUCCAAAUCCCAGGAAUCAACUAACUCUGACUUAUCCAUGUCCAAAACGCCUGUGAGGAAAAUUUCUGGCCUCUCCAGGCCCAGAAAGAGACCAGCCCCCACCGGAGAGAAGGACAACUGUGGUCCCAGGCGCUGCUUGGCCCUGUGGCUGGUGAUGGAGUACUGUGAUGGGGGAGACCUGAACCACUACCUGUUGUCCAGACCUCCAGAAAGCCAGAGGAACCACAGUGUGGUCCAGCAGCUAAGCUCAGCCACGGCCUUCCUCCACCGCCUCCGCAUCGUACACAGAGACCUGAAGCCAGACAACGUGCUUGUCUGUCUCACGCCUAACGGGCCUCUCAUCAAGGUGGCUGACUUUGGCCUGAGUAAGAUGAGUGUUGAGGGGGGCCAGGGGAUGGAAGGAGACGCCAGUCUGACCAGACAGCACUUCUCCUCUACGUGUGGCUCUGACUUCUACAUGGCUCCAGAGGUGUGGGGUGGCCUCACCUACACAGCCCAGGCAGACAUCUUCUCCCUGGGAGUGAUGUUCUGGGCCGUCCUGGAGAGACUCACCUUCCUGGAGGAGGGCUCCACACAGGAACAACUGGGUGCGUAUGUGUGUAAGGCUCGCUGGCUGAUGCCACUGGGCGAGGCGUUGUGUGAGAACCCAGACCUCCAGUUGUGCAUCCCCAUGAAGUCCCGCCGCUCCCCCUCUCUACCGCCCCCUCCUGGCCAGGCUGUCUGCACCCUGCUACUGGACAUGCUGGCCUCAGACCCGGACGCCCGGCCCACCGCCGCCCAGCUGGAAGACAGGGUCCGCUCUGCCAUGGAGGAGGACGCACAGUGACGGGUCUGCGUCCCAACGGAUACCCUAUUCCCUAUAUAGUGCACUACUUUAGACCAGGGCCCUUAGGGUUUUAGUUAAAAGUAGUGUAUUGUUACAGGGAUAUUGGACCCUGGUCAAAGUAAGUGCCCUAGAUGGGGAAUGGGGUGCAUAUUGGGAUGCAGAGCAGGUGACAGAGCUUCUAUAUCCAAUGUGCUGAACACUCAUAGUCAGUCUUAUCUACUAGUGUGAGGGACCAUGACGGUGUUAAACGGUCCCUACAGAAAUAUAACCCACAACCUUGGUGACCCAAUGCUCUA